UAAAUAAACCUUGGAGAACUUGCAAAAUUCUCAAACCCACAUCUCAAAAUGGAUCAAGCUCCAUAUGGAGGCACCCUUCACUUCAAUCUCAUCUCUUUCUCUCUUUGUUUCUUCUUCUUCCUAAUUUUUCUUAAGCUGUUUAGAGGCAACAAAAAGAUCACUAAAUUCCCUCCUUCACCUCCCAAAUUGCCCAUCAUUGGCAACCUUCACCAGCUAGGAGCCCUGCCUCACCAAUCUCUAGCUGCCCUUUCCAAGAAAUAUGGGCCUCUAAUGUUCUUAAAGCUGGGCCAGACCCCAACUCUAGUGGUUUCAUCACCAAAAAUGGCUAGAGAGAUAAUGAAGACCCAUGACCUUAAAUUCUCCAAUAGGCCUCAAACCACACCAGGAAAGCACUUGCUCUAUGGAUGCCAAGACUUGGCUUUUUCUCCAUAUGGAGAAUAUUGGAGACAAGCCAAAAAAAUGUGUGUUCUUGAGCUUUUAAGUGCCAAAAGAGUGGAGGCAUUUCAAUAUGUGAGAGAUGAGGAAGUUGGUUUGCUUAUUGAUAGGAUUCGUCGUAAAAGUUGUGAUGUCAUUUGUGGGGACGAGUGUGUGAAUCUUAAACAGAUGUUCAUGUCGACGACGACCAAUAUAAUAUCGAGAUGUGUUUUGGGAGAGAAGUUUGAGGAUGAAAAUGGGGAGAGUAGAUUUGGAGAUGUGUCAAGAAGGAUUUUGGUGUUAAUUACAGCAUUUUCUGUUGGGGAUUUCUUCCCUUCUUUUGGAUGGAUUGAUGUAGUUAGAGGCUUCAUUAGGGAACUGAAAACAACCUCCAAAAUAUUGGAUGGCUUCUUUGAUAAGAUAAUUGAAGAACACAGGACAAAGAUGAGUGUUGGUAAAUCUGAUGAAGAAAAGGAUUUUGUGGAUAUUAUGCUGCAGCUCCAACAGGAUGACAUGUUUGACUAUCAUGAUUUUAGUCUAGAUAGGCUAAAAGCAAUCCUACUGGAUAUGUUUGUAGGUGGAAGUGACACAACUGCAACAAGUUUAGAAUGGGCAAUGACAGAGCUGAUGAGAAACCCUGCAGCCAUGAAGAAAGUCCAAGAAGAGAUCAGAACAAUAGUUGGAAAUAAGCCAAAGAUUGAAAUGGAAGAUAUAGAAAAGAUGGAGUACAUGCACUGUGUGAUAAAAGAAACUUUGAGAUUACACCCGCCGGCUCCUUUCUUAGUGCCUCGAGAAUCAGCAGGAGAAGUUGAGAUUGAAGGCUACCACAUUCCAUCAAAAACCAGAGUUUUUGUGAAUGUUUGGGCAAUUCAAAGGGACCCCAUGAUUUGGGAAAAGCCAAACGAGUUCGUCCCAGAGAGAUUCAUACAGAAUUCAAUUGAUUACAAAGGUCAUGACUUUGAGUUCAUUCCAUUUGGGAGUGGGAGAAGAAAGUGUGCUGGAAUAUCGUUUGCAAUUACUUCCUUUGAGUUUGCAUUGGCAAAUGUUCUUUACUGGUUUGAUUGGAAGCUUCCUCAUGGCUCUGUUUUGGACGUUGAUGAAGAAAAUGGACUCACUAUUUGCAAGAAAAAACCCCUGCAUCUCAAGCCUGUACCAUAUUAUAUCUAGAAAUAUAUUGUUGUUGAGUUAUUUCAUAUUCGCAAUUUGUAAAUUUUAAUUUGUAUGA